AUGCCACGACUGGCGGCGACUCGCAAUUGGCUCUUACGGCGCUACACAGCGUCCUGCACGCAUCGUUUGAGCGCGUUUUCCUUUCUGGUCAUCCCUACGCGGAGUGUUGUGCAGUCAAACAUGACGGGAGGCCCACGCAGCCUCCUGGACCGAUUUGAGACCCGAGAGCUCGUCACCCGGCUGAGGCGCAACCGAAAUGGAAACUACUACCGCUUUCGUCAGAAGCUCUGGCCCUCGCAAGAGGCACUUGAGAAGGCGGCGACGACGAUGACGUACAGCCCAGUGGAGCAGCAGCCGUUGGCGUUGCUGCCGCAGCGCGAGGCACCACGUCAGGUGUUCGCCUGUGAAGGCCGCGGCGGCUCAAUGCUCCUUGGGGCAGUGGAGACGGAAGAACGGGGCGCGAGUGCCUCACAGAGCAGCCCCGCUCCCGCAGCUGUGCCAUUGCUUCGCAGCCAAAGCGAGAGUGGAGUCGACAGCGACUCGCUGGACUUCAUGGAGGAAGUUCUUCGCGCAGAUCAAUCGGUGAGUAGCAAGAUCAUGACGGAAGCGGACGUGAGGGGCACCGUUCUUGAGUCUGCUUCCACCCGUGCUCGGCAGAUUCUCGCAGGCGAUCUCACGUGCAACCCCGUCACCGCCUCGCACACCACCUCCAUCUUCCUUCGAAGGCCUGCCGAGUCUACCGACGCGGCCGGAAUUUCCUGGUCUGCCCUCGGCUUGGACGCGCCCAUUAGCUCCGCUGCCGAGCAACUUUACGGGCCGGUGCCGACGCGCUUGCAGGCCCGCUUGUUGUCUGCCCUACUCCACGAGGAUCACAACGACGUGCUCUUCAACGGUGUCACGGGGAGCGGCAAGACAUCGGCGCUGGUCCUUGCCCUGCUGCAGGGCAUCCGCAGCGAGGCUGCUGGCAUGAAUGUGCUUGUGGCGACAAAUACAAUGAACGCCAUGCGACUGCACGACACCGUCAAGGCUCUCUGUAGGCGAGCCGGCGGCGGCGUGGUGGUCGACCGGCCUGCUGAUGACUACUCCUGGCUCUUUCUGGGUACCUACAGAGAAGACCACGAGUCCUAUUACAGGCAGCUUCGACGCGGAUUACGGCGCUCCACCGGGCCAGCGCGGCUCUUCAUCACGACGGCGGACGUUAUGUGUCAGCUGCUGUUUGAGAAGAAAAUGGAAUUCGAGGACUUUGGCUACCUUCGGCGUGUCUACGUGGACGAUGUCGGCGCGCAGGUGCCGAUGCUGCCGGAGAGCGUACCUGUAGAGGUGGUGCGCGAGCGACUGCGCAACCCGCUGGCUGCGGAGCUGCUGUUGGGGACGCUCCAUCAGCUGCCUGGCCCCCACAUUCGGUCGGUGCUGCAGCUCGCCCUGGUCUCCGCUGACGUGGAUGGAAAGCUGAAGGAUCAUUUGCAGGGACUGUGCAUGAAACCUGUGGCCCAAACGACGGUGCUGUCCGCCGUCCGCGUCCCCUCCGCUGUGCACUGUCUUUUCUCUUUCUUUCUCGGACACAAGGAAGACCGCUUCACCUACCUUGUGCGCGUCCUGUGGAAUGCGCGGGAGACGAUUCCCGGCCGCGCUGUUCUCUUUGUUCCCGAUGCGGAAGAUGUGCUCAGUGCACGCCGGCGACUCCGAGGGCUCGGCGUAGAUGCCAGGCUCUUCUCGGAGGUAUACGGGGGCAACGAGUUCAAGGCCGACUGGAAGUUUCUGCUCUUGAAGGAGUCCGAGGCCUUCGGUGUCGACUUGCCCCUCGUCUCGCAUGUCUUUAUCAACUUUGCGCCGACGUCAUGGCAGAGCCUCCUGCAUAUGUGUGGGCGAACCGGUCGUAUGGGCAACGUUGGCUGGGUCUAUGUUGUGAGCGACGAGCAAGAGGCGAAGCGUGUUCGGCAGGUUGCCGAGGCGCUCUCCGUGGACUUCUGUAAUCAUGUUAUCGAUGACGACCUUCAGCAGGUGUUGCCUGCCCAUGUGGAGCGCUUCACGAAGCAGCCGGAGCUGUAUGGUCUUGAUCCCCAAUUCGCCGUGCGGCAGCACUACACGGUGCAGGCCGGGAGCCCAGAUAUGGCGUACCGCAAGCGCGAAUUCUUCUCCAAGCCAGCGAUCCGACAGUUUCAGAUGGAGGACUACACCUCAAUCCCGCUCAAGCAACGCCGCUUCGACCACGCUAGGCAGCUGUCGCAGGAUGUGGCGAGGAAUCCAUCCCUCGUGCUCGACAUGCAGAAGCAGGGGCUGCUUGAUGCGCAGCUGAAGCCAACAACGAAGCUGAAGCGAUGCAUGGAUGCAACGACGAACCGACACGCACCCGACCCUUUCCAGAAGGGGCAACACCGCUGUCAGUGA